AUGGAAAGAAGUGUCCAACGGAAGUCUAUAAAGGCGGGAAAGCCUAAGAAAACUAUUGGAGGAUCGAAGACCAAACGAAAAGCUCAGAGCCCAAAAAAGACUGGUGUGAAAAAGAUAAAAAUUAUGAAGACGGCGAAGCAGCAGAAAUCUGUGAAAAGUACAACGAAGUCUAAGUCUAAAAGUGAUGUUAAAUCUACUAAAAAGUCUGCCAAAAGUAAAGUUACAGCUGAGAAGAAAAAGCCUGCCAAAGGCGAAGUUAAAGUUGAGAAGAAAAAGUCUGCCAAAGCAGAAGUAAAAGCUGAGAAGAAAAAGUCUCUCAAAAGUGAAGCCAAGUCUGAUAAAGUAGAGAAACGAGAACUAAAAUUAACAAAAGAAGAAAAAAAUGUAAAAAUCAAGAGAGCCACUAAAAUGGAAGUUGCAUCGGAUCAAGUAAAAGCCAAAGAGGCGAAAAUAGAGAAAUCUGUGAAAGAACCCAAAAGCGCUAAAAAACGAAAGGCCAAGACUGAAGAGGAUGAUAUGGAAAUUUCAGUAGAAGACACGGUCACAGUUAGAACUGAAGAUGUAGUUGGACAAGCAAACAACGUAGGAGCUGCCCGAGGUUCAGACUUGCCAGAAACACGAACCUUCCAGAAAAGUACAAUGCAUGAUGAUCCUUCGAGUAGUGGAACCAAGUCAACAACGAUGGCUGCGGAAAUACAGAGCGGAACUACAAUAGAAUCAGUAGAGAAGGUAGCAAAACCGAGAAAAUCUCCUAGAAGUGAAACGUCUGAAAAAGCUGUCAAGGGUCAUGGGAGGGCAGAGACUCCAGCACGCAAGCGUAGCAAGAAAUAG